ACUGAAAUAGGCGGCUGAAAACGCCUCAAUGAUGUCAAUUUAUUAAACGUGGUUUUUGUUCUAUUCGUAUUUUGAACUAAACAAACUCACGUUUUAUGUGAUAGAUACUACAAUGCUUUUAAAUUAAUAUUAUAUUCUGAUAAAAUUAAUAUGGCAUUAAUUGGAGACGGAUCUCGUGGACGACUGGGUGCUUUAGGGAAUCUAGAACGUUCGCUGCCUACGAUUCGAACACCGAGCCCAUACCUUUUCGACGACGAACACUCGAUAAUGACUGGCCGACAAGAUAUAUCACCAGUUGUUUCUGUUAAAGCUGAAAAUAUUCAAAAAGAUCUACAAUCAUAUCAGGGACGAGAUGAUAUGACACGUAGACAAGAGCUUAUUAAACAAACAAAAAGAGCAGCAAUUUCGCAGAAGCAGCCUCGUCCUCCAUUGGAACUAUAUCGCCCGCCAAAAAUCGUGCAGAAGAAUGGAACAAAAGUACAUUUUGCUGAUGAUAAUCAAUUGAAGAGAAGUCCUCCGCCAUCUAUGACUGCCCUUCCACUAGAACUUAAAAGUGCCUUAAAACGAUCAAAAAGUUUCACUGCUGAUGAAUCCAGGGAACUUGAGAAGACUGGAUUUCACAGGGAAGCUUUUCCUCUAGAAUACCAGGGUCUUAUAAGACAAGCAGUGCUUGAUCCGAAUUCUUUAUCAUAUCAGAAACUUAUGGAAUUAGUUCGCUUGAUUUGUAGUAAAGCAGUUGAAAGUCUUCAGUUUUCCGCUCCAGCAGCUCAACUUUGUUUCUCUAUAAUUGAAAAGGAACACGAUCACACGUUUUUAGAAAGCCUUCAAAACUGCUGCCGGGAAUGGUACAAUGAGCGAGAUAAACUGUUGCGCUCUUCCUUCCUCACUCCUGUAGGCACCACCGUUUCUGGACUACGUCGCUGGACAGCUUACGUGUCGUUUCUUAUCGAGCUUUACCGCCAUGUCAAAAAUCAACAUUGCCAAAUUAUACAGCCUUCUGGUGGCAACCAGGUCAUUGGUCCUCAUCCUAAUUCGCCAAUGGGACAUUUAGCUUUGACACUUCAAACACUUCUUUAUGAUUGUGCUAACAUCAUAUUAAAGCCUCCAUCCCUCAAUAGUGAAGGAGAAAUUGAUAUUCUCCGCCAAAUGUUAAAUAUGGUUGGAAAACAGCUGGAAGUAGACUCACCGCAGCGUAUGCAGCAGUUGGUUUCUAACCUGCGUGAUGCAUUCAUUAGUCCGUCCAUUAGUGCACAAAUACGAAAGACACUGCUUGAAGUAAUUGAGCUUCAUGCUAGUAAUUGGCAGCUGGAUCUGCCCCAGACCAUGUAUUAUUUUCCUUACACUAAAUUGUCUUUUCACUAAAAAGAGUUUGUGUGUUUUGAGUGAGAAUUCUUUUGUAGGAACAAAAGUUAUUCCUAUGAAGGAAAAAAAAUGCUGUUUUUUCCCCCCUAUUGUUUCUAAAGGAGAAACAAAGGAACAAAAAUUGACUAAAGUAUUUGUGAUUAGUACUUAGAUAUGCCACUGAAUAUAGAAUAUUCGGGGUUGUCACUCCGCAAGGAAAACCUGGAAAAUACUGGGAAUUUAAAAAUCACCUAAAAUAACAGGAAAAAUAAAGAGAAUUUAAAAGUCAUAACAGGGAAUAUAAAUAAUAACAGGGAAUAUAAAGAUUUUAGAUUUAGAUUUGAAUUUAGAUUUUUUUUUUUCCUUUGCAAAUUAGGAAAAUACAGGGAAAUUUGUUUCUUUUUUUCUCUAAGUUUUUCCGGCAAUUGAAAUUAAUAAAUAUAGUUAGCCCAAUAUAACUCACACAAAAGCACAAUAAUUGUUUAGUUCCUCUUAAUAUAUAUUGUGUAUAAUAUUUACAGGGAAAACACAGGUAAUUUUUUUUUCAGAUUUCAGUGGCAACUAUGAUAUUGUACUUCUGGAUAGUUUGCAUUGUUCUUGAAAAAAUUUUUUUAAAUAAUUUUUUUCUCUUUUUCUGUAAACAAAUUUUUUGUUUAGGAUGUUAAUGUCUUAAGUUGUACUCCUACAUUAGAGACUAAAUUUUCAGAUUCGUUAAUUGUAUAAUUACCUGCUAUCUGUCUAUUCUUUAUACCUUUUGUGAACAAACAUUGCUGCGAUUUUGAAAUAAUGUUAAUGUUAUUUCAAAUGAUUUAUCAAAUUCAAACUUUAAUUUCUGAUAUAUAUUUUUACUGUCUUAAAUUUUUAAUAUAAUUUAUACUAGGACAAAAUAAGCAUAAUAGAAAUGGGAACAUAUGUUGACUCUAUAACAGUAAAACAAUUAGUUUUGUUACCUAAACCUUCUUAGAAUAGUUUUAUUUUUGUUCCUUUGUUUCUCUCUUGGAAGUAGAGUUCUGAUAUUUUUCUUUUUGAAACAUUUAAGUUCGUAUUUCUUAAUGUAGUGCUUUAAUAUCCAGUUUUUCUAGUGUAAUGUGUUCUUGAUAUGUUGUAUUAUGUCUAAUUUUAGUUAACUUAUUUUCACACUUAGAUUUUGUCUUAACAGCAUUUAUUUCUCAGUUUUCUUCGAAUACUUUUUAUUCAUAUCUUUAUUAAUUAAUUUGAAAAGCAGUCAUAUUUUAACUGUGUUAUUGGAAAACUUUUGAAGCUUUAUAAUUAUUAGAUUUUCUCAAAAGACAUUCACAGAAUAUUUAUCAAAGAAGUAGAAUAAAUCCUUUUUGUUUAAUUACUGAUAUUUUUUAGUAAAUUUAUUAGAAUUAUUUUAUUUUGUUUGAUCAAAAUAGAAAUACAUUCUUAGUUUUUUUUAGUUCUUUUCUGUUAAUUAUGCUCCGUAGGCUUAUAAAUGGCUCAAAGUUUUCCUGUUAACAUGAUUGAAAGUUUUUUUUAUUUUUAUCAAUAGCAUUGAUGAAACUCUCUUUUAAAUGGCUGAAACACAUUAUUUUUUUUUAUUUAUCUUAGAGAAAUGUAGGAAAAAAAGAAAUUUUAUUGUUUAUUUUUUAUUAAAAGAUUAUGGUGAGCAUAUUUCACGAGUGAGAAUUUAUUAUUAUUAUUAUUAUUUUUUUUUUGAUUAUUAACAUUUAUAGAAGAUUUUCUUUUGUUCAUAUAUGGUUAAAUGUUUAACCUAUUUUAUUUAUCUUUAUGAAAUGUUUUAGGAAAAAAAUUAUUGUAUUUUUUUUAUAAAAAGAUUAUGUUGAACAUCUUAUAAAAAUGUGAAAUAUAUUUAAAAUGAAUGUGGAAGAAUUUUUUUUUUAUUGAAAAUUAUUAACCAAGAAAUUGUGAUUUUUAUAAAAAAAAUUUAUAAAAAAUGUUUUUUGUAAGUAACUAGUCAUGUAAAGAAUGAGUGUUUAAUUUUGCCAUAACUGUGCCUUAAAUUUAAUCUAAUGAAAAAGAAGUGGCUUGUUUUUGUAUACAAGUGAGAUAAAGCAGGCAUUAUUCUAACAAUCUUAACAAUUGCUUCCUUUUUUUAAGAAAAUUUCAGUUUUUUUAAAUUUUUUUUCUGCUUCCUUCUCAAUUUAGAAGUUUAAUAAUAAAACAUAAGUACGAAAUAUUAUAACAUUAAUACCAUAAAACAUCUACCAUGACUUUUGUCAAUGAUUAAAACUGUAUUGUCAUCUACAAAAUGUUUUAAUAAUUCUUCUGUAACUAUAUUUAUACCUCUAAAUUCAAUUUAUUAUAGUAAUGCCAAGAUUCUCGUUUUUAUUUAUAAGAUAUACUGUGAAAUUUUAAGAGUUGUUUAAUAUCAAGCUGUUUACAAUACUAGAGGCUAUAAAUUCUUGUAUGACUAGUUAUACAAUUCUUAUUUAUUUGAAAAACUUUCUAUUUUUAAAUGAGGAAUAAUUGUAUUGGUAUUUUGUUUAAUUGCAUUUGAUUUAUUGAAAUUUUUUAUUUUAUUAUUGUAACAUGAAACUACGAAAAAAUAAUAGUUGCUGCUUUUCUUCAAAAUACUAAUAAUACGUUUAUAAACUAAUUUUAUGGUGUAUUUAUAACUACUUUUUUUUUCAUAACGUGUGUAUAUUGGUCAUUGUGUUUGAUAUUUCAUACAAACUUUCUGUGAUACUGUAUUUUGUUAGUUAGCUUUCAAUUUAUGAUAAAUUAGUUAAUGGUUCAUAUAGGUAUAUUUCACUGUAUAUUUUGAAGCUUUUUCUGGGCAAUAACAUAUUUUUUUUUGUUGUUGAAUUGAGAGUUGUUUCAUGUUGCAUUUCUCCUAUUAAGUGCUUACUAGAUUAUAAUAUGUGCCAAUAUCAAUUCUGUUUUCUUUUUAAGGGUGAUUGUGAAUCAAGGAAAUCCUAACAUUCGCCGGAUUUUGAUAUCUUAAACUAGAGACACACAGUUGAGAUUUCAAAGUUUGAUUAUAUUAGUUCAACUGGGAGUAAGUGUUCAGAUUUUAAUUUUUUGAGAUAUUGAUUCUUUGAAAUUUUAACUAGAGUUUUCUAUAGUCAAAGAACCUUCUGGCCAAAUGUAAUUUGGGAACAUGUUUCAUUAGUUCAAUAGUUUCAAUAGUUUCAUUAUCUGGUGACUUGCAAAAACUGGUUUUGCAAUGUAGUGAAUUCAGCAAGUCAAAAUGUUGCUUUUUCGCAUGUGACUGAAAGAUUGAAAAAUUUACAAAAACUGGAAUGUAGAGAAUAUUGCAAGUCAAAAUAUGACUAUGGUUAAAAAUAACGUAAUCCGCAUUAAUGUAAAGGUCUUCUUUGGACAGAAAAUGAAUUAUACUUGUUAGCUAACUGAAAAUGUUAUGAACGCGAUUGCCUUAAGCUACUUUUAAAUAUUUUUACCUUCACUGAAAUGUGUUUAAUUCAUAGCUGCAAACUUUACUGGAUUUUUACAGUUUUUCCUACUCAACUGGUUUUUGUACAUUUUAGAAAGCUCCCUAAAAUUGAGUAAGUUU